AUGGGUGAUAAGAAGGUCCCUGGUGGCCACAGGGGACAUAGUCUCCUCCACAACCAUAUCCAUGGACUGAAAUGGCUACUUCAGGGAUGCUGGUGUCAGAUCAUCUACCUCUACCGUUGUGCCCUUGAUCAAGACACUUAACCCCAAAAAUAGCUUUCUAUCUACGGACGCUGCACCGCAGCUAACUCUCCUCCUCUUGAAGACAAAUUCCUUUCUAACCAAACAGACAAACUACUGUAUCUCAUUCUAAUCUACUCCCUCUCUGCCUCCCCAGGCGUUUGGCCAGGCCUACUCCAAUCAGCGUAAGGUGGCGGAGGAUGGCGAGAGCAAUGAGGAGUCGCUGCUGCAGGAGUCGGCGUCUAAGGAAGCCUUCUACAUGGGCCGGCUGUUGGAGCUGCAGACGGAUCUGAAGCUGAGCCGCUCGGUGGCGUCCAACGCAUCCAACGAGAGCGAAAGGCUCAACGCCGUGCUUCAGGAGCACAAAGAGGUAGAGACUUUUGUCCACUGAUGUCACUCACUCACACCUCAGACUAGUGUCAUGCUGUAAUACAGUUUGAGCUGUAGGACGGUAUUUGGGUCAAAGGUGAGAGAAAGAAAUGUCAACAGAAUUAAAUUUUUUCACUUUUGAUACAAAAACCAUACUACAGCUAAAACUCUAUUACACUUUUGAUGUUCCCCUUAGAGUGUUACAUAUGCAGUUUCAAGGUUUGUUGCAAUACAUAAUUGUUAAAAAUAUGAUUGUUAUAAGAUUGUUACAUUUAGUCAUUCGGUGCAACCAUGAAUGUAAAAAAAAAAGAAGUGUAAGACAAAACAGUACAGAUAAAAAAAACUGGUAAAAACUGUGUGCAGGUAAGGUUAAAAGCCCAAAAGGGCUUAAAUGAAAACCACACCACAAAUAUAAGUACAAAAAUCAGUUAAACAAUCAGUUAAACAAGGCAUAUUAAUUAAUAUUGUACGUGAUAUACAAUUAGUCUAAAAUAUUCAACAUCUAUGAGGUUAGAAGUUACACACACAUUUUUUUUCACAUUUCACUGGGCAACCCCUCAUUUUGAAUGACUGUUAACUACAACUUAUGUUAGGGAAAUGAAAACCAUAUGAAAUUGAACAAAAACAUUUCUGUUAUCGGCUGAGCUUCUCUCUGGAUUUUUUAGACAAUAAAAUAAUGUCAUUGUUUUUUAAUAAUAAUAAUAAUAAUAUUAUGCCAUUUAGCAGAUGCUUUUAUCCAAAGUGACUUACAGUCAUGUGCGCAUACAUUUUUACGUAUGGGUGGUCCCGGGGAUCGAACUCACUACCCUGGCGUUACAAGCGCCAUGCUCUACCAAUUGAGCUACAUUAAAAACACUGGUUGUACGUAUGACUUUUCUCACAUAAACAUGCUUUACAGGCGACUGCUUGUGCACCCAUGUGAAAACUUGACUUUGACCUCAAGUGUGUAUCUUAAGUAUUCAAAUAAAAUGUAAGGUUGUCCAAUAAUUCACAUUUUUUAUUGUUUUUUAGCGGUUGGACCGAAUGAUGAUUGAGGGUCUCUCACAGGCAUCUUCAUGAUGUCACAUCCUGUCACAUGAGUAUCAUCAUGUGAUUUGAUCCAAAAUUGUGACUUUUGUCAGUUGCACCAAACGAUAAUCAUGAAGGACAUUUUUCCAGACAAAAGUAUUUAAAGUAUUUAAAACCUUUCUGCAUAAACUAUCUUACCCAUAUAGCAGUAUAGUGGUAUACACCCUUACAAAAUCAUGCCAGAAUAAUCUUUUGCCAGGUUUAUUAUGAUUUAAGAUGUUUUAUUAACAUUUAUCUACAUUACCUUUGCCUUCGGACGGUUGCUCCUAAUCCCACAUUUUUUUUACUUCAGAGCACCAAAAGUAACACUUUUUUUUCUUCACAUUUCACCAUUAACUCUUUUAGGACUCAUAUAAAAGAGAAAGGGCAAAGUUACAUUAUGUAAAAUUUGUAAACAUGAAGUCUUGACUUUGGAAAAUAUUUCAUUCAGCCACCAACAUUUACACGUCAUGCCAUUGGCCCUUUUACAUGUUUUACUGUGUAGGCUACUGUGAAUCCACAAUGUGAGGUUCUGUACACAAUUUAGCCUACAGGCUAGUGUAAUGUCACACAUUAAGAUUUUAUUUGUAGAUUAACAUGAGGUGCAUCUUGCUACCCUGCUGAUAGGGAGCUGCUGUUUUGUUGCUGUUUGUGUCAAACUCUAUGUGAGGUACUGUAGCGGUCACAGGGUCACUCUAAAGGGCGGAUAGGGGUCAUGCAGAGAGUAACUGUGUGGAAUGUGCAUGGAGUGUGUGUGUGUGUGUGUGUGUGCAAGCAUACAUGCCUGUGUUUGUGGGGGGGCUACGUACAUGUGUGUGUCAGCAGAGGCAGAGGGGUUCAGGCCAGGGUCAGACGCUGCUGCGGACACGACCCCAUUGUGGAGGGCAAAUCCGGUGCUAAGCUAGGGAAUAAGAAAAAUGCCCUGAGCUCGGCACAUGUGCAUCCCUGAGUGAGCCAGGCUGCUCUCUCAUCACACAGUGCAGGACAAUCUGUGCCCUCCGAGCCCGGGGGGGCCAGCAGUUCAUUCACUAGUUAGAUUAGCUGCUUCACACGCUGUUGGCAGGAACCGCUGUGGUCGCACAGUCACUGUUUGUGUCCGCUUCACUUGUCAUUCCAAGCAUUCCAAAAAUGUGAGUUCAGUUAUUGUGAAUCCAAUUUUUGUAAAAUAUCAAUAUAAUUAGUUUUGGAUGUUUAAGAUUAUAAAUAAUGUAACCAAGUAACAAAGUCUAAAACGGGUCGGCAACAGACGACCCCAAAGUUUUUGGCAAAAAUAUUUUCUUUAUUUGUAUUAUUUUAAUUUUAUUUAGGGGUCUAAAAUGACUAAAAUCACCAGGAAUUCAGCAAAAAAAAAAAAAAGGAUUUAGGAAAAAAAAAAAAAAAGACGUGAUCGUGUCUCAAUGUAAUCAUGGUAUGAAAUGAUUGUUUUUGAAAAUAACAAUCUCUUUUUGGGCUUAGUUGUGGUCAAUUUGCAGUGUACAAAUUAUUAUAAAUAUGUUUCGGCCCUCCGACCAUCCGCUUCGACAAAAAUCAGCCCGCGGCUGAAUCUAGUUGCCUGUUUGUGAUAUCUUUACUAGGCCUAAUUGAAUCAGCCUAGUAAAAUGUCUCAGCCACUUCUCACGUGCACCUCUUUCAUGUGCACCUGUUACCUGUUUGCUUCGUGACCUGGGUGGCCUUUGGCUCUUUGAUGAUCUGCUGAUUAGCCUGUUGCUUUGCUGUGUGGGUCUCCUUUGCCUGUGUGGUGCAUAUUAAUUAGAAGAAAGUCUAUUUUUAAUGUGCUGCAGCCACACAAGGGGUUUCAUUUGUCUCUAACUGGAUCUAAUCAACUGGUUUAAUAUGGAUCCCAAACAGAUUCUAAAGAUGUAAGAUCUUAAUUUGAUCACUCUUUUUUUUUUAUCCUGUUUCUGCAAGGUAUAUAUUAUAUAGGCCUAAUUAAGAUCCUAAAUUUGUAUCUCGGAAAAUCUAAGGAAUGUAGUGAAGAAGUGUUUACAGUGAGGGAAAAAAGUAUUUGAUCCCCUGCUGAUUUUGUAUGUUUGCCCACUGACAAAGAAAUGAUCAGUCUAUAAUUUUAAUGGUAGGUUUAUUUGAACAGUGAGAGACAGAAUAACAACAAAGAAAUCCAGAAAAAUGCAUGUCAAAAAUGUUAUAAAUUGAUUUGCAUUUUAAUGAGGGAAAUAAGUAUUUGACCCCCUCUCAAUCAGAAAGAUUUCUGUCUCCCAGGUGUCUUUUAUACAGGGAACGAGCUGAGAUUAGGAGCACUCUCUUAAAGGAGUGCUCCUAAUCUCAGCUUGUUACCUGUAUAAAAGACACCUGUCCACAGAAGCAAUCAAUCAAUCAGAUUCCAAACUCUCCACCAUGGCCAAGACCAAAGAGCUCUCCAAGGAUGUCAGGGACAAGAUUGUAGACCUACACAAGGCUGGAAUGGGCUACAAGACCAUCGCCAAGCAGCUUGGUGAGAAGGUGACAACAGUUGGUGCAAUUAUUCGCAAAUGGAAGAAACACAAAAUAACUGUCAAUCUCCCUCGGCCUAGGGCUCCAUGCAAGAUCUCAACUCAAGGAGUUAAAUGAUCAUGAGAACGGUGAGGAAUCAGCCCAGAACUACACGGGAGGAUCUUGUCAAUGAUCUCAAGGCAGCUGGGACCAUAGUCACCAAGAAAACAAUUGGUAACACACUACGCCGUGGAACUCUGAAAUCCUGCAGCGCCCGCAAGGUCCCCCUGCUCAAGAAAGCACAUAUACAGGCCCGUCUGAAGUUUGCCAGUGAACAUCUGAAUGAUUCAGAGGAGAACUGGGUGAAAGUGUUGUGGUCAGAUGAGACCAAAAUCCAGCUCUUUGGCAUCAACUCAACUCGCCGUGUUUGGAGGAGGAGGAAUGCUGCCUAUGACCCCAAGAACACCAUCCCCACCGUCAAACAUGGAGGUGGAAACGUUAUGCUUUGGGGGUGUUUUUCUGCUAAGGGGACAGGACAACUUCACCACAUCAAAAGGACGAUGGACGGGGCCAUGUACCGUCAAAUCUUGGGUGAGAACCUCCUUCCCUCAGCCAGGGCAUUGAAAAUGGGUUGUGGAUGGGUAUUCCAGCAUGACAAUGACCCAAAACACACGGCCAAGGCAACAAAAGAGUGGCUCAAGAAGAAGCACAUUAAGGUCCUGGAGUGGCCUAGCCAGUCUCCAGACCUUAAUCCCAUAGAAAAUCUGUAUAGGGAGCUGAAUGUUCGAGUUGCCAAACGUUAGCCUCAAAACCUUAAUGACUUGGAGAAGAUCUGCAAAGAGGAGUGGGACAAAAUCCCUCCUGAGAUGUGUGCAAACCUGGUGGCCAACUACAAGAAACGUCUGACCUCUGUGAUUGCCAACAAGGGUUUUGCCACCAAGUACUAAGUAAUGUUUUGCAGAGGGGUCAAAUACUUAUUUCCCUCAUUAAAAUGCAAAUCAAUUUUUAACAUUUUUGACAUGCGUUUUUCUGGAUUUUUUUGUUGUUAUUCUGUCUCUCACUGUUCAAAUAAACCUACCAUUAAAAUUAUAGACUGAUCAUGUCUUUGUCAGUGGGCAAAUGUACAAAAUCAGCAGGGGAUCAAAUACUUUUUUCCCUCACUGUAUGUAGGUUUUGAGACAAAAGGAUAGAAACUAAGUUAAUAGUAGGUUCUGUGUAUUUUACUGUUUGUAAUUCAAAGAGGCUCUGGCCUGCUGCUAGUUGUUAACCAGCAUUGUUUAAAUUAAUCCUGGCCCUGAUGUAGAAUGAGACACAGGGCUACAGUAUUGGCCUUUCCCAAAGUGGGAGUGUUUGGUGGUGCACUGGCCCUGCCCUGAUCCUGUGGUGGUGUUGAGCCAGUAAUCAUUGGCCUGUAAUCCCCUGGAUUUCAUGGACAGCUCAGUCCUGAUGCUUUGUGGGGAAUAUGGAAUGAAACAACACCACCCAUUACCACAGUGGUCACAUACAGUUAAUCAAAAAUGUCACGGAUUAAGAGUUUGUUUAUUAGCUGUUUGUGUUUUGCCUAUGGUCCAUAUUGGAAUAUAGGUGUAGGGGUAAUGCUGCAUAAGGACGUGCAGCAACGCUGUGCUUUCAAGUAUAAUGCUGUACAGUGUGUCAUGACGUGGAGAUUAAGUGUAAAAAAAAAUGCUGCUACAGGCUUGAAUACAGAAACAGCAGCAUGUACAACUGACUGUACAUUAAAUUUACCUUCCAUUUCUCAGUCUGUUUCCCUGAGCCCUGCUGUUCCUCCGGUGACUGAAGAUGUGGUCAGUCAGGUACUGGAGGGUCCAUGUCUGUCCCAAGACCAUCUGUCUCUGCUAGGGCUGGGAAUUUCCAGGGACCUCACAAUACGAUAUUAUCACGAUACUUAGGUGCCGAUACGAUAUGUAUUACGAUUACCACAAUUUUCACAAUUCUAUAUGUAUUGCGAUUCAAUACUGGGAUUUUAUUGCGAUUCGAUGUUCCAAACAUAUUGCUCACCAUAUGUCUGCUGCAGAGAGACAAGAGAGAGCAUGAGAAAAUUAGUUUUGAUCAGUCAUGGAAAUUAAAGUGCUGAAAACAUGUUGGCUCACUAUUUAAAACUACGUUUUGGUGCAAGUACAGCCAACUUUUUGAUACUUGGAGUCAAAUAUCGAUAUAAUAUCGUCCAAACAUAACUGUAUAAAACAUUUUCCCCAUCACUAGUCUCUGCUCCUGUUGAAGCUCUGGCCAGGGCCCCACUGGUCACCCCAUGUCUAGGACCCAGAGUCUGCACUUCUGUGUAGGGCAGGCUAGGAGCCACUUAGCAACUUUACUGAGGAGAGAGGAAUGAAGAAGCCCUGGAUAGAUACUGUAUGAGGGGCUAUGGAGGACUGAAAUCUAUUCAUCAUUUAUGGGGUAAAUAUAGGCUAACAGACACACACACGUGCAGGUGUGUACCCACAUGCCCAUACAGUGAGGGAAAAAAGGAUUUGAUCCCCUGCUGAUUUUGUAAGUUUGCCCACUGACAAAGAAAUGAUCAGUCUAUAAUUUUAAUGGUAGGUUUAUUUGAACAGUGAGAGACAGAAUAACAACAAAAUAAUCCAGAAAAACGCCUGUCAAAAAUGUUAUAAAUUGAUUUGCAUUUUAAUGAGGGAAAUAAGUAUUUGACCCCCUCUCAAUCAGAAAGAUUUCUGGCUCCCAGGUGUGUUUUAUACAGGUAACGAGCUGAGAUUAGGAACACACUCUUAAAGGGAGUGCUCCUAAUCUCAAUUUGUUACCUGUAUAAAAGACACCUGUCCACAGAAGCAAUCAAUCAAUCAGAUUCCAAACUCUCCACCAUGGCCAAGACCAAAGAGCUCUCCAAGGAUGUCAGGGACAAGAUUGUAGACCUACACAAGGCUGGAAUGGGCUACAAAACCAUCGCCAAGCAGCUUGGUGAGAAGGUGACAACAGAUUAUUCGCAAAUGGAAGAAACACAAAAGAACUGUCAAUCUCCCUCAAUAAAACAAUGGGUAACACACUACGCCGUGAAGGACUGAAAUCCUGCAGCGCCCGCAAGGUCCCCCUGCUCAAGAAAGCACAUAUACAGGCCCGUCUUAAGUUUGCCAAUGAACAUCUGAAUUAUUCAGAGGAGAACUGGGUGAAAGUGUUGUGGUCAGAUGAGACCAAAAUCCAGCUCUUUGGCAUCAACUCAACUCGCCGUGUUUGGAGGAGGAGGAAUGCUGCCUAUGACCCCAAGAACACCAUCCCCACCAUCAAACAUGGAGGUGAAAACAUUAUGCUUUGGGGGUGUUUUUCUGCUAAGGGGAAAGGACAACUUCACCGCAUCAAAGGGACGAUGGACGGGGCCGUGUACCGUCAAAUCUUGGGUGAGAACCUCCUUCCCUCAGCCAGGGCAUUGAAAAUGGGUCGUGGAUGGGUAUUCCAGCAUGACAAUGACCCAAAACACACAGCCAAGGCAACAAAGGAGUGGCUCAAGAAGAAGCACAUUAAGGUCCUGGAGUGGCCUAGCCAGUCUCCAGACCUUAAUCCCAUAGAAAAUCUGUGGAGGGAGCUGAAGGUUCGAGUUGCCAAACGUCAGCCUCGAAACCUUAAUGACUUGGAGAAGAUCUGCAAAGAGGAGUGGGACAAAAUCCCUCCUGAGAUGUGUGCAACCUGGUGGCCAAUUACAAGAAACGUCUGACCUCUAUGAUUGCCAACAAGGGUUUUGCCACCAUGUACUAAGUCAUGUUUUGCAGAGGGGUCAAAUACUUAUUUCCCUCAUUAAAAUGCAAAUAAAUUUAUAACAUUUUUGACAUGCGUUUUUCUGGAUUUUUUUGUUGUUAUUCUGUCUCUCACUGUUCAAAUAAACCUACCAUUAAAAUUAUAGACUGAUCAUGUCUUUGUCAGUGGGCAAACGUACAAAAUCAGCAGGGGAUCAAAUACUUUUUUCCCUCACUGUACAUACUGUACACACACACACACACACACACAAUGUACUAGCUGCAACCCAAACUAAUUUGAAUUUAGUAAGGCAAUUCUAUUAGCUGUUGUUUGAGUUAUGACUCAGUGUAAAUUAUGUUAAACGAUGGAUAAUCUUCAGGAUACACCAGAACGUGUGUCCAGCCAAGUAAAGCCAGACUCUGAGGCUGCUGUACUGUAAAUCCAUACAGAUUUAUAACGCCCGUAUCCAAUGCUCUUAGGAUUCACAACUCCUCUGCAGAAAAUAGGAUUGUGUGUGUGUGUGUGUGUUUGUUUGUGUGUGUGUACAUGUUUUACUAUACUUGUGAUUACCAAAAGUCCUCACAAGAACAGUAAAUCAACUAAAUUUCAGAAAAGUGAGGACAUUUAGGAGUUAGGGGUUAAGGUUAGGGUUAAGGUGAUGGUUAGGGUUAGGGUAAAGGUUAGGGGUUAGGGAAAAUAGGUUUUUGAAUGGGAAUCAAUUGUUGGUCCCCAAAAGGUAUAGUAAGACAUAGCUGUGUGUGUGUGUGUGUGUGUGUGUGUUUUGAGGAAUGAGAAGAGGAGAUCAAAUGUAAAUAUAAUACAGCUGUGUAAAUUGAAGUGGUGUUCUUUUCUUCUUUCUUCUGGACAUUUAGAUUAACAUCACAAUGCUGAGCUUUUGCUGCUGAGGCUCAGCUUCCCACCUUCUAACCGAUUUCCCAGAUUUAUGACAUUACCAGGAUUUCUCCCACCUAAUAUACAAUACUAAAAAAAAUAAAGGGAACACUUUAACAACACAAUGUAACUCCAAGUCAAUCACUCUUCUGUGAAAUCAAACUGUCCACUUAGGAAGCAACACUGAUUGACAAUAAAUUUCACAUGCUGUUGUGCAAAUGGAAUAGACAACAGGUGGAAAUUAUACGCAAUUAGCAAGACACCCCCAAUAAAGGACUGGUUUUGCAGGUGGUGACCACAGACCACUUCUCAGUUCCUAUGCUUCCUGGCUGAUGUUUUCGUCACUUUUGAAUGCUGGCGGUGCUUUCACUCUAGUGGUAGCAUGAGACGGAGUCUACAACCCACACAAGUGGCUCAGGUAGUGCAGCUCAUCCAGGAUGGCACAUCAAUGCGAGCUGUGGCAAGGUUUGCUGUGUCUGUCAGCGUAGUGUCCAGAGCAUGGAGGUGCUACCAGGAGACAGGCCAGUACAUCAGGAGACGUGGAGGAGGACGUAGGAGGGCAACAACCUCAGCAGCAGGACUGCUACCUCCGCCUUUGUGCAAGGAGGAGCAGGAGGAGCACUGCCAGAGCCCUGCAAAAUGACCUCCAGCAGGCCACAAAUGUGCAUGUGUCUGCUCAAACGGUCAGAAACAGACUCCAUGAGGGUGGUAUGAGGGCCCGACGUCCACAGGUGGGGGUUGUGCUUACAGCCCAACACCGUGCAGGACGUUUGGCAUUUGCCAGAGAACACCAAGAUUUGCAAAUUCGCCACUGGCGCCCUGUGCUCUUCACAGAUGAAAGCAGGUUCACACUGAGCACAUGUGACAGACUUGACAGAGUCUGGAGACGCCGUGGAGAACGUUCUGCUGCCUGCAAUAUCCUCCAGCAUGACCGGUUUGGCGGUGGGUCAGUCAUGGUGUGGGGUGGCAUUUCUUUGGGGGGCCGCACAGCCCUCCAUGUGCUCGCCAGAGGUAGCCUGACAUCCAUUAGGUACCGAGAUGAGAUCCUCAGACCCCUUGUGAGACCAUAUGCUGGUGCGAUUGGCCCUGGGUUCCUCCUAAUGCAAGACAAUGCUAGACCUCAUGUGGCUGGAGUGUGUCAGCAGUUCCUGCAAGAGGAAGGCAUUGAUGCUAUGGACUGGCCCGCCCGUUCCCCAGACCUGAAUCCAAUUGAGCACAUCUGGGACAUCAUGUCUCGCUCAAUCCACCAACGCCACGUUGCACCACAGACUAUCCAGGAGUUGGCGGAUGCUUUAGUCCAGGUCUGGGAGGAGAUCCCUCAGGAGACCAUCCGCCACCUCAUCAGGAGCAUGCCCAGGCGUUGUAGGGAAGUCAUACACGCACGUGGAGGCCACACACACUACUGAGCCUCAUUUUGACUUGUUUUAAGGACAUUACAUCAAAGUUGGAUCAGCCUGUAGUGUGGUUUUCCACUUUAACUUUGAGGGUGACUCCAAAUCCAGACCUCCAUGGGUUGAUAAAUUUGAUUUCCAUUGAUAAUUUUUGUGUGAUUUUGUUGUCAGCACAUUCAACUAUGUAAAGAAAAAAGUAUUUAAUAAGAUGAUUUCAUUCAUUCAGAUCUAGGAUGUGUUAUUUUAGUGUUCCCUUUAUUUUUUUGAGCAGUGUAUAAUCUGAUCCACCACAGUAUGUUCAGAUCUCUAUGGCUGCUGCCUACAUUCUCUGUGAUUGGCCCAAAAUAAUGAUCUUGCAGAGAGUGAGAGUGCUGACUCUUUGCUUACUACUCAGGAGGGCCAAUUUGUUUCACAGAGUGUCAGAGUCUGAUCCCGUCUCUGAACUGAACUCUAGACUGCCUCAUCAUCAUCACAUCAGAGGAGAUAGUGUGUGUGUGUGUGUGUGUGUGUGUGUGUGUGUCCUAAUUACAUUUGGUGCAUUAAAGAGAGGCGAGAGGCCAGGGAUCUGGACUGGACUUAUAGAUCCAGCAGAGCAAAGUUAUUAUUACUGCAUCCAGAGGGUUCAGAACAUGCAGCAAAGUUCCACUAAUUCACAUACUACGAGUGCUGAUACAUGCCAGACUGUUUUAGUUCAUGUUUCGACACAUAGACAUUCAUACUGUAACUAUUAUAAUUACAUCAUAUUGUAACUACCCAGUAUAGACAGGUUGGCAGCCAAUGAUCUUUACAGUGGGGAAAAAAAGUAUUUAGUCAGCCACCAAUUGUGCAAGUUCUCCCACUUAAAAAGAUGAGAGAGGCCUGUAAUUUACAUCAUAGGUACACGUCAACUAUGAUAGACAAAUUGAGAAGAAAAAAAAUCCAGAAACUCACAUUGUAGGAUUUUUAAUGAAUUUAUUUGCAAAUUAUGGUGGAAAAUAAGUAUUUGGUCACCUACAAACAAGCAAGAUUUCUGGCUCUCACAGACCUGUAACUUCUUCUUUAAGAGGCUCCUCUGUCCUCCACUCGUUACCUGUAUUAAUGGCACCUGUUUGAACUUGUUAUCAGUAUAAAAGACACCUGUCCACAACCUCAAACAGUCACACUCCAAACUCCACUAUGGCCAAGACCAAAGAGCUGUCAAAGGACACCAGAAACAAAAUUGUAGACCUGCACCAGGCUGGGAAGACUGAAUAUGCAAUAGUUAAGCAGCUUGGUUUGAAGAAAUCAAUUGUGGGAGCAAUUAUUAGGAAAUGGAAGACAUACAAGACCACUGAUAAUCUCCCUCGAUCUGGGGCUCCACGCAAGAUCUCACCCCGUGGGGUCAAAAUGAUCACAAGAACGGUGAGCAAAAAUCCCAGAACCACACGGGGGGAACUAGUGAAUGACCUGCAGAGAGCUGGGACCAAAGUAACAAAGCCUACCAUCAGUAACACACUACGCCGCCAGGGACUCAAAUCCUGCAGUGCCAGACGUGUCCCCCUGCUUAAGCCAGUACAUGUCCAGGCCCGUCUGAAGUUUGCUAGAGUGCAUUUGGAUGAUCCAGAAGAGGAUUGGGAGAAUGUCAUAUGGUCAGAUGAAACCAAAAUAUAACUUUUUGGUAAAAACUCAACUCGUCGUGUUUGGAGGACAAAGAAUGCUGAGUUGCAUCAAAAGAACACCAUACCUACUGUGAAGCAUGGGGGUGGAAACAUCAUGCUUUGGGGCUGUUUUUCUGCAAAGGGACCAGGACGACUGAUCCGUGUAAAGGAAAGAAUGAAUGGGGCCAUGUAUCGUGAGAUUUUGAGUGAAAACCUCCUUCCAUCAGCAAGGGCAUUGAAGAUGAAACGUGGCUGGGUCUUUCAGCAUGACAAUGAUCCCAAACACACCGCCCGGGCAACGAAGGAGUGGCUUCGUAAGAAGCAUUUCAAGGUCCUGGAGUGGCCUAGCCAGUCUCCAGAUCUCAACCCCAUAGAAAAUCUUGGGAGGGAGUUGAAAGUCUGUGUUGCCCAGCGACAGCCCCAAAACAUCACUGCUCUAGAGGAGAUCUGCAUGGAGGAAUGGGCCAAAAUACCAGCAACAGUGUGUGAAAACCUUGUGAAGACUUACAGAAAACGUUUGACCUGUGUCAUUGCCAACAAAGGGUAUAUAACAAAGUAUUGAGAAACGUUUGUUAUUGACCAAAUACUUAUUUUCCACCAUAAUUUGCAAAUAAAUUCAUAAAAGAUCCUACAAUGUGAUUUUCUGGAAAAAAAAAUCUCAUUUUGUCUGUCAUAGUUGACGUGUACCUAUGAUGAAAAUGACAGGCCUCUCUCAUCUUUUUAAGUGGGAGAACUUGCACAAUUGGUGGCUGACUAAAUACUUUUUUUCCCCACUGUACAUAGUCAGUGCAAACUAUUAUAUGUUAUAUAAACAUGCAUUGUGAAUGUAUAUACAGUAUAUUAUACAGUGCCUUCAGAAAGUAUUCACACCCCUUGACUCUUUCCACAUUUUGUUGUGUUACAGCCUGAAUUUAAAAUGGAUUACAUUUAGAUUUUGUGUCACUGGCCUACACACAAUAGCACAUAUUGUCAAAGUGGAAUUAUGUUUUUAGCAAUUUUUAUAAAUUAAAUAAAAAAACUGAAAUGUCUUGAUUCAAUAAGUAUUCAACCCCUUUGUUAUGGCCAGCGGUGAAAGUAAGGCGGUACGGUCCGUUACCGCGUCUCGGCAAAAUAAUUUGUGGGGGUACGCCGUACCAGUAAAACAUGACCCUAUCACAAAAAUUAAAACAAAGUGCCAUGAAAACUGUAGGAUAUUAGACAACUUUUUAUCAUUACCGCAUGUCAGAGGCAUGAAGAAUGUACGAAAACGGGUGGUAUAGCCUAUGCUCCAAAAUGUGAUGUGGUUCGAUGAGAACACUAAGCUUCCCCUAAAGUAAAUUUAAUGAAAUUACCAAAAUUAUAUAACCUAAUUAGCCUACUCCUGUCUAUACAGAAAUAAAUCAAAUCAUAAAAAAUAAGCUACUACACCAGAAAGCAUGAUUUGGCCACAGAGGAUCAUUAACGUAUUGGAAAAGGUUUUACUGUGGAUUAUUUUAAAUCGCAUUGCCUAAAGUCGGAAGGGCCCGCAAUUUGGGCAGCGUGCACAGCAAAUACCAAAUACAUGAUUGUUGAGUUGCGACUAUCAGUGAAAAGUAUUGAGGCCCAGCCAGGCGUAUCACAAUAUUUAAAAAUACAAUCCCUGGAAAACAUAGUUUGGAAAGUAAAUGGCUAUUGCUGUAAAGAGAAGACAAUGAAAAAACUCUAAUCUGUCUUUUAGUUAUCAAAAUUCUCAACUUAAUUGAGCGAACAGUAGGCCUAUAGCCUAUCUUAGGAUAUUGGCACCAGCGGAGAGCAUCGGCCAUAUCCCCGGUGGAUGCGCAUAUUUACUAUUUUAUCAUUGUUGGGUCAGUGCCACUUGAAAGUUUGUUUUUGGACAAUAAUUUCCUCCUCCAGGUUAGAUGGACGUCAUAUUGUAUUUGUGUCUCCCCUUCUCGUAGGCCUAUUAUAUGGAUCAGACAAUGUUACAUUUACAUUUUUAGUCAUUUAGCAGACGCUCUUAUCCAGAGCGACUUACAGGAGCAAUUAGGGUUAAGUGCCUUGCUCAAGGGCACAUCGACAGAUUUUUCACCUAGUCGGCUCUGGGAUUAGAACCAGCAACCUUUCGGUUACUGGUACAACGCUCUUAACCAUUAAGCUACCUGCCGCCCCAUGUUGUUUUUAUUGAUCUGUUUGUCAAAAGUGCCCUCUUUGGCCUCAUGGGUGGAAUGUUAUUAACAUUUUUCAUAAUUUCAUAAUUAAUAAAGAUAUUAUUAUUUUUUACAACGAAAGUCUGGUGUUUCUAUGUCAAACAGUUUUGUUAUAUUUCAGUCUUCUGUGAUGUACAGUGGGGAGAACAAGUAUUUGAUACACUGCCGAUUUUGCAGGUGUUCCUACUUACAAAGAGGUCUGUAAUUUUUAUCAUAGGUACACUUCAACUGUGAGAGACGGAAUCUAAAACAAAAAUCCAGAAAAUCACAUUGUAUGAUUUUUAAGUAAUUAAUUAGCAUUUUAUUUCAUGACAUAAGUAUUUGAUUAAUCAGAAAAGCAGAACAUAAUAUUUGGUACAGAAACCUUUGUUUGCAAUUACAGAGAUCAUACGUUUCCUGUAGGUCUUGACCAGGUUCGCACACACUGCAGCAGGGAUUUUGGCCCACUCCUCCAUACCUUCUCCAGAUCCUUCAGGUUUCGGGGCUGUCGCUGGGCAAUACGGACUUUCAGCUCCCUCCAAAGAUUUUCUAUUGGGUUCAGGUCUGGAGACUGGCUAGGUCACUCCAGGACCUUGAGAUGCUUCUUACGGAGCCACUCCUUAGUUGCCCUGGCUGUGUGUUUCGGGUCGUUGUCAUGCUGGAAGACCCAGCCACGACCCAUCUUCAAUGCUCUUACUGAGGGAAGGAGGUUGUUGGCCAAGAUCUCGCGAUACAUGGCCCCAUCCAUCCUCCCCUCAAUACGGUGCAGUCGUCCUGUCCCCUUUGCAGAAAAGCAUCCCCAAAGAAUGAUGUUUCCACCUCCAUGGUUCACGAUUGGGAUGGUGUUCUUGGGGUUUUACUCAUUCUUCUUCUACCUCCAAACACUGCGAGUGGAAUUUAGACCAAAAAGCUCUAUUUUUGUCUCAUCAGACGACAUGACCUUCUCCAAAUUCCUACCCUGGAUCAUCCAGAUGGUCAUUGGCAAACUUCAGAUGGGCCUGGACAUGCGCUGGCUUGAGCAGGGGGACCUUGCGUGCGCUGCAGGAUUUUAAUCCAUGACGGCGUAGUGUGUUACUAAUGGUUUUCUUUGAGACUGUGAUAUAUUUCUGUAUUUCAUUUUCAAUACAUUUGCAAAAAAGAUGUUUUACUUCUUUUCACAAAAUGUGGAAUAAGUCAAGGGGUUUGAAUACUUUCUGAAGGCUAUGUAUACAGUAUAUUGAUCUGUUGAAUUGCUUGCAGAUUAUGACCUGACUGUCCUUCCAUCCCUCUUUCCUUUCUACUCCCAGAGUAAUGAGAUGCUGGAGCUGCAGCGGAGCAGGAUGAGAGAGGAGAUCAGGGAGUAUAAGUUCAGAGAGGCGCGACUCCUACAGGACUACACUGAGCUGGAGGAGGAGAACAUCACCCUGCAGAAACUAGUGUCCACCCUCAAACAGAACCAGGUCAGCAUCAACAUCAUUACUGUUUAUGGUUUACUGCACAUCAGAGGAGGCUGGUGGGAGGCGCUAUAGGAGGAUGGACUCAUUGUAAUGGCUGGAAUGGAAUGAAUGGAACGGAGUCAAACGUGGUUUCCAUAUGUUUGAUACUGUUCCAUUCAUUCCAUUCCAGCCAUUACAAUGAGCCCAUCCUCCUAUAGCUCCUCCCACCAGACUCCUCUGCUGCACACACAGUACAGCCAGCCACACCUGUCUGUUAGCCAUUAACCUUAUUGUUCACCUCACACACACACAUACACACACACACACACACACACACAGACAGUCAUCCAGUCCCUUCAGGAUUUCGCAGGGAUUUUUUGUGAUAUGUGCGACAAAAAUGCUUUAUUUCGCUGCGGCAAUUCUUACAUUCUGGCAUUUUGCAUGGUCAAAUUUGCAAGCCCUCGCGUAAUAUGCGGGAAUUGUUGAUUUUUCAAAAAUAAAUGCGAUCGCAGAAUCCUGGAGGGACUGGUCAUCAAUACAUCUUACAGUGACUCACACACAGUCAUACCUAAUGAUGUUACUCAAAUGUAGAAUCAGCACAGCCAAGUUCCUUAUUGUCUGACCUUAAAUCAAAUCAAAUCAAAUUUUAUUUGUCACAUACACGUGUUUAGCAGAUGUUAUUGCGGGUGUAGCGAAAUGCUUGUGCUUCUAUCUCCGACAGUGCAGUAAUAUCUAAAUAUCUUAAACCUACUUACAAUGUACUUUACUUAACCCUAUCCUCUAUCUGUGUCCUUCCUGUCCUUUCUGUCUGUCUGUCCUCUAUAUGUGUGUUCCCUUCACUCUAUCUGUCUGUCCCCUGUCCCCUGCUCCUCCUCUCCCCCAGGUGGAGUACGAGGGUCUGAAGCAUGAGAUCAAGGUUCUGGAGGAGGAGACGGUGCUGCUGAACAGCCAGCUGGAGGACGCUCUGCGUCUGAAGGACAUCUCUCAGUCCCAGCUGGAGGAGGCCCUGGACGCCCUGAAGAUUGAGAGGGAACAGAAGAACAGCCUGAGGAAGGAACUGGCCCACCACAUCACCCUCAGUGACAGUGUGUACGGGGCCGGAGCCCACCUGGCUCUCACCGCCACUGUCGACGGGCUCAAAUUUGCCACCGAAGAGGUUGGGAGUAAUGGUACAGCCAUGCCCAAUGGCGCCAACGGGAAUGAGGAUAGCAACGGCCACUGUAAUGGACACCUGGGAUUGGCUAAGAUGAACGCCGACUACCGGCUGCCCAGGAAGGGGGAGGGGCUGCAUGGUCCUGUGUCUGACCUCUUCAGCGAGCUCAACCUGUCUGAGAUGCAGAAAGUCAAAAAGCAGCUGCUUCAGGUGGGUCUCUAGUCUAGAUGAACGUUUGAGAGACAUAGUGUGUUCUUCUCACUACCAUAGCUGAGUCAUUGUUAGCCAGGUCCCAGAUCUGUUUGUCCUGUCUUGCCAACUUCUAUGGUCAUUGUGAUGUUUGGCAUGACAAUGACCAUAGAAGUUGGUAAGACAGCACAAACAGAUCUGGGACCAGGCUAGGUUAUUGUUGAGACAAUGUUCCAGGGAGUUUGUACCAGGGUCUUGUUUUAAUAUCCUUCAUCCGACCACCUUCCUCAUUUGCUCUGAGCAAAUCACUGUGGUUUACUUAGAGAGAAAAAAACAGCGAUUUACACACCCAAUGCAUUAGGAGACUGUUAUCGACCUCCUCUGUCCACAGAACAUUUCAUUAAGGAAUGGGAGUGUCUCACCAGCAUCAUUUGACAACCUAACAACCUGGCCCUCUGAUUACAACCGUCCUGUCAUCUUAGUACUGCAGCCUGCAGCCAACCAAUGACAAGGUGAUGACAUUUUGAGAACAAGACCCCCCCCAUCUUUUAUUCUCUAACAGACCAUAAGUCUGUGACCACGCUCCUUAUGAUUUACCAAUGGCUUUAUAUGACUAGUUUCAGAGCUAUUUUCAACUCAAAAGACUUCCGUCUCAGAAGGGCCAUUGGGGCUGAUUUUGCUGAUUGUGGGGACAUGUAGUAACGCUAGCGGGGGGAGAGUAGAACGGUAGAGUGGAGGAGUGGAGGAGUACGGCGUGUGCCAUGGGGACGCUGUACUGUUUAAGAGAAUGCCUAGCAAUGAAUAGAAAGCUUGCUUAUUGUUCUUGCUCAGGUCAGUGGGGAAAUGAAUGAUUACAUUUGUGGAUCCAAACUUUAUUACUGUAGAGGUUUGAAUUUCUCUUUAAAUGGAUUAAUCACGGAUUAAUUCUCUCUUGGAUUAAUCACGGUUCCAUUAAGUCCCUAAAUUAAACAACACCAGGCUCUUAAUUGCUUUCAGGAGAGGGCGGCUUUAAUUUAUCAUCCUCACUGUGCUGUAAUUUAUAUCUGUUCCCAACAAGCAUUACAUUAAACUCACUCAAUUUAACCUCAAAGGUAACCAUAUAAAAUACGAGAUAAACAUUUAGUAUAAAAAGAAGACAUAAAAGUGGCUUAUAAUUCCUGUUACAUAUCUACUGAGAGGCCUCCACACCUCUUUUUUCUCAUUGGGUGAAAAAUGACAUCUCUGAUGGCUGAUGCUAUGACUAUGCAUACAGAUCAAUGGAUCAGUUCUGUGUAUGAAUUUACAGAUUGAGCUUUGUAUUGUAUCUUUAUCUCUGUCCGUAGAGACGUGUAGAUAACCUGGGACUGUACAGUACCUUUGUAUUUAUAGGGUGUUGUCUGGUCAGAGGACAGAGACACAAAAUGAUAAGACACAAUAUUCUGUUCUUUCAAGCGACCUCCUGCCAGGUAUCACAGGGUGUGGAGUGGAAAUCUCUCAGCUCACCUGAUCUGUGGUGCAGUUCUAAUAGGUGAAAUCUGUGGUCCCAGGUGGCAACCUACACACACACACACACACACACACACACACUAGUCAGACAGGGUUAUUUAUGGGACUAGCGUACUGUACUGCUGAACUAAUUUAAAGUUUCGCUGUUCGACUGCUUCUAAACUUUCUUAAAUAAUUUAUUUUACUUUGUUUCCCUGGGCCUCCUCCAAUUGGGGAUCAAUAGAGAUUCAAAGCCUCAGCGCUCCUCUGAUACGAUGACUGAUCACAAAUACAUUAAACAGUACUGUGUCUGUGGUAAUGCUGGUCUGGUCUGAGUGGUCCUCACCCUGCAGUAUGUCCUCCCGUCCUCUAGGUGGAGCGUGAGAAAUCAAGCCUCCUGAUGAACCUGCAGGAGUCCCAGACCCAGCUGCAGCACAUGCAGAGCGCCCUGACGGAGCAGCACGAGCACGUCCAGCACCUCACCGAGCGUGUCAACACCAUGAAGCGCCUCCACAGUGACAAGGAGAUGGCUGAUGCCCAGGAGUCUGAGAAGCCUAACGGGUUGCCCUCGCCCGGUCACCGCGACUACGAGGUGGACAUACACGGUAUGGACAUCCUGGAGUGUAAGUACAAGGUGGCAGUAACCGAGGUGAUCGACCUGAAGGCGGAGCUAAAAGCUCUGAAGGAGAACUAUAACCAGUGUGUGGAGGGCCAGGGGGAGGAGCGGAGCAGCAGCGAUGGGAAGGUCCAGGCUCUGGACGAGCAGGUCAACCGGCUGGAGCAGAGCUGCCGCGAGGCCGACGAUAGGGUGGCGUGUUUGGAGGCAGAACUACAGACGGCGACGGGUGUGGCCAUAGAGAGCCACAGCAUGCUGAACACGGCGCAGGAUGAGCUGGGGACAUUCAGCGAGGAGCUGGCCCAGCUCUACCACCACGUGUGUCUCUGCAACAAUGAGACGCCCAACCGCGUCAUGCUGGACUACUACCGCCAGAGCCGUAACACCCGCAGUGGCAGCCUCAAGGGCUCUGAGGACCCCCGGGCACUCCUCUCCCCUCGCCUGGCUAGACGCCUCGCCGCUGUCAACGCCGGAUUCUCCGAGGCCCCCCAGAGCCCCAUGGACUCGCCCUCCAAAGAACCCCCCAGUGGGGACAAUGGGACAACAGGGAGGGAGUCACCUGCACCAGGCAGCCAGGGGAGCCCCACCCGCAUCCCCAUGGGCUCCCCGGUCAUCAACGGCACUAAUGGCUCUCCCUCCUCCUCCCCCGUGCCUCCCGAGGCAACUGGAGACCUGCGUAAGGAGCCCAUGAACAUCUACAACCUGAACGCCAUCAUCAGGGACCAGAUCAAACACCUGCAGAGGGCCGUGGACCGCUCCCUCCAGCUGUCUCGACAGAGGGCAGCAGCCCGGGAGCUAGCCCCCUUGUUCGACAAGGACAAGGAGGCCUGCAUGGAGGAGAUCCUCAAGCUCAAGUCCCUCCUCAGCACCAAGAGGGAGCAGAUCGCCACACUCAGACUGGUGCUCAAAGCCAACAAACAGGUGAGCAGAACACUAGGGUUGAGUACCUAUGGUUCCAGAUCUGGGACUAGGCCACUACCUGGGAAUGUCAUCACAUUGUUUUCAGCAUUCUCUAACAGGUUUGAUCAAUGUUCCUUUGCAUAGAGCAUUAAAUUAGACCUGUUUUUAUGGUAGAGAUAUAAAGUCGAAUCCACAUGUUUAUAAUCUGUUAUCUUGAAAUUAACUCACUCUCUAUUCCAGACUGCAGAGGUGGCACUUGCUAAUCUAAAGAGCAAGUAUGAGAAUGAGAAGUGCAUGGUGACAGAGACCAUGAUGAAGCUGAGGAACGAGCUGAAGGCUCUGAAGGAGGACGCCGCCACCUUCUCCUCUCUCAGGGCCAUGUUUGCCACCAGGUGAGGGGCAUUCUGGGAUCUCAUGCAGCUAAUUACAACACAGAUGUGUAAGACUGUGCAAAGAUGAUGAGUUUGAUCUCACAGUGUAUUCCCCGGCUUGCACAACAGUGUUUCUUAGUUUACUGACUAUGUCCCUCUUCCUCUUUCUCUCUCUCUCUCUCUCUCUCUCUCGCUCUCUCUCACUCGCACUCUCACUCUCUCUGUCUCUCUCUGUCUGUCUCGCUCUGACUCUGUCUCUUUCUCUCUGUCUCUCGCUCUCACUCUCUCUCUCUCUUUCUGACUCUCUCCCUCUCUCUAUCUCUCUCUCUUUCUCUCCUAGGUGUGAUGAGUACGUGACUCAGCUGGAUGAGAUGCAGAGACAGCUGGCAGCGGCGGAGGAUGAGAAGAAGACUCUGAACUCCCUGCUCCGCAUGGCCAUCCAGCAGAAGCUGGCCUUGACCCAACGCCUGGAGGACCUAGAGUUUGACCACGAGCAGACCAGGGACCGUGGCCGCGGCACCAAGGUGCCCAAGAUCAAGAGCAGCCAGCCCAAAGUAAGUCGACGAGCCGCUCUCACCGCUCCCCCCAGCCCCACCAUGAUACACAGCCCUUCCUCCACCUGCUCCCAUCCCUUCAACACCUCCAUGACCCUCUGCAGCCCUCCCUCCCUGGAGCUGCCACUGUCCUCCAACCCCUGGUCGGCCACAUCCCAGUUCUCCUCCCUGCCUCCCCUGGGUCACCCCCAGUGGUCCCUAGGCACUCAGACCUUCAUUAUUGACCCAGAGUCGCUGAGUUUAGAGUUCUGUCGACUCGUUAACAGUCGAGACUCCGGUCUGCACUCUACUAGCUCUGCCCCCGCGUCUCCCUACCGCUCACCCAUUCCCAAGACUUGGAAACACUUGUCGCCAGGGUCGGUGAGAACUCGUACACAAAAAGAUGCACCUCGCCCCUCUGCUCUGGCCACAUCUCCCAGCAACCCUGUCCCUCGCGCCUACAGUUCCCAGAUGCCCCAGCCCUGA